CGCCGCCAUCUUGCCUCUCCCUGCCUGCCUGAAGCCGAGCACCGCGGAACAGGAAACGGUUGUGUGUGCAGGCUCACGGUUCCUGCUGUGGACGGGUUGCCACAUCCUCCAGCCGACUCUUCCCCACCCGAACCCACCUUCCGUCUCCCCAGCAGCAGAGACCCGGGACCAGAGAUGGCUGGACGGUUACCGGCGUGUGUUGUGGACUGCGGCACAGGGCCGUGCUGGCGCUCGCCGCCUCCUGGACGUCCCGACAGGUGGGGGAGCGGACGCUCACAGGGACCGUCAUCGACAGCGGAGAUGGCGUGACUCACGUGAUCCCCGUGGCCGAGGGUUACGUGAUCGGCAGCUGCAUCAAACACAUCCCCAUCGCCGGCCGAGACAUCACCUACUUCACCCAGCAGCUGCUCAGGGAGCGAGAGGUGGGAAUCCCCCCGGAGCAGUCGCUGGAGACCGCCAAGGCUGUGAAGGAGCGCUUCAGCUACGUCUGCCCAGAUUUAGUCAAAGAGUUCCAGAAGUACGACACGGACGGCACCAAGUGGAUCAAACAGUACACCGGCAUCAACGCCAUCAGCAAGAAGGAGUUCACCAUCGACGUGGGCUACGAGCGCUUCCUGGGGCCAGAGAUCUUCUUCCACCCGGAGUUUGCCAACCCAGACUUCACCCAGCCCAUCUCUGAGGUGGUGGACGAGGUCAUCCAGAACUGUCCCAUCGACGUGCGGCGUCCUCUCUACAAGAACAUCGUCCUGUCCGGAGGCUCCACCAUGUUCAGGGACUUCGGGCGCCGCCUGCAGAGGGACCUGAAGAGGACGGUGGACGCUCGGCUGAAGCUGAGCGAGGAGCUGAGCGGAGGCAAGCUGAAGCCCAAACCGAUCGAUGUGCAGGUCAUCACUCAUCACAUGCAGAGAUACGCCGUGUGGUUCGGUGGAUCAAUGUUAGCAUCAACUCCCGAGUUCUACCAGGUUUGUCACACCAAGAAGGACUACGAGGAGAUCGGGCCGAGCAUCUGCCGCCACAACCCCGUGUUCGGUGUCAUGUCUUAACCCCCGGGCCGGACCAGCAGCAGCAGCGCCGUGACUUUUUGGAUUUCUCCUUCAGGAUGUUUGAGAUGAGGAGGCGGUCCAGGAAAUUAAAAAUAAAAAAUAAAAAGCGAGCAGAACAAACAGACGGGCUGGGAAUAUUUGAUGUGAAUGUUUCUUUAUUUUUUUCCGCAGUGAGGGAACACGGUUUGCCAGAACAGAACAGUUUUCAGAACAUUUGGAUUUCGGUGGGUGAUAAACGUGCUGUUAAUAAGUUUUAUACCAUCAGAGCAGGUUAUUUAUGACUCCAGCUGACCUCUCUUUACUCUUUYAUUCAUUGUUGUUUCUUUUUGUCAUUUAUUUUCUGUUUCUGCUUGUCUGUAUCCUUGUUUAUAUUUUAUACAAAAGUUGUACUAUUUGGUAAUUCGGGUUCAAWCCGUAAACGGUAUCAAAUGCAGCUUUGACUUUUUUUUCCCCUUUAGUUUAAGGUUCAGUUUCCCACAUUUCAUUAARUGAUCUGCUUUGACCUCAAACUGUCCACAAGCAGUGGAUCAAACUGAAUAUUAACCAGGAAAUCAAUAAAAUGACUGUCAGACCAGUGUUGUUUUUUAUUAUUAAAUACCAAAUUAUUCAAAACAAUUGAACUUGUGUAUUUAAUGCCUGCGACAUUCCAAUAAAGGCUUCAAUUUGUUUAUAAA